AUGACAAAUUAUAUCAAGAAAUUGCUCCUUCUCAAUGUAGCAGAGGCCAGCCGAAAAACCAAAAAGAAGGAAGGUGGUGCCAAACGCGCUCAAAGAGCUUCCUCUAAUGUUUUCUCCCACUUUGAACAGACACAGAUCCAAGAGUUUAAGGAAGCUUUCACCCUAAUUGAUCAGAACAGAGAUGGCUUCAUAGAUAAAGAAGACCUAAAAGAUACCUAUGCAUCAUUGGGUAAAACAAAUGUCAAAGAUGAUGAAUUGGAGUCCAUGCUUAAAGAAGCUACAGGACCUAUUAAUUUCACCAUGUUUUUGAACCUAUUUGGGGAAAAGUUAAGUGGUACAGAUACCGAAGAGACUAUACUGAAUGCAUUUAAAAUGUUUGACCCAGAUGCUAAAGGCAACAUUAACAAGGAUUAUAUGAAACGUUUAAUGAUGUCCCAAGGCGAUAAGUUUACAACAGAAGAGAUAGAUCAGAUGUUUCAAUGCUCCCCUAUUGACUCGGCAGGAAAUCUGGAUUACAAAGCUCUCUGCUACACCAUCACACAUGGAGAUGAAAAAGAAUGACAUUCAUAAGCUUUAGAAAGUUGUGUUAACAUCUGUCACAUUAAUUAAACAAAAUGACAAA